AUGUUUCUGACCGCUGUCCGUCGUGCUAUCGCUAGUGAUCUUCUGAAAUCCUUCAAACCUCUUCAUGAUCGUGUACUGGUCGAACGCUGUGCCGCCGAGACGAAGACUAAAGGCGGGAUCAUGUUGCCGGAAAAAUCACAAGGCAAGGUACUUGAGGCGACUGUAAUCGCAGUCGGACCAGGAGCUCGAAACGAGAAAGGCGAUCUCAUUCCCAUGUCUGUAAAGUCGGGAGAUCACGUGCUUCUGCCUGAGUAUGGCGGCACAAAGGUGAAGUUGUCUGUACAAACGUUGAGCGUAAAAGUUCGUAGUUGGAAAAUCGUGAGUCCCUGA